AUGCGGGCCGAGGCACUCACGUUUUAUUUAUCGUGGUGUGGCGGCGGCGGCGGCGGCAUUCGCGGGGCGGGCGGGGUCGGCAGCAAGCCCCCCGCCGCCCCACUCGCCCCACCCGCCUCCUUCACCACUGAGAGUGCUGACAGUGUGGGGCAGCAGGGGAAGAACUACAACACGGGCUGGGAUCAGAGCGCUCUGGUGAACGCCGUACCCCUGAGAGCGUUCAGAGUGGACGGGUGCAUCGACUGGUCGGUGGACCUUAAGCGGUACCGGGUCCUGUCCGGCGAGCCCGUCCGGGUCAAGUGUGCCUUGUUCUACAGUUACAUCCGCACCAACUACACCAUGGCCACCAACGCCAAGCUGAGGCUCAUCUGGUACAAGAACAAGGGGGACUCUGAGGAACCCAUCAUCUUCUCGGGCCAUCGGCUGAGCAAGGAGGACGACUCCAUUUGGUUCAGAUCCGCCGAGCUGGAGGACAACGGCUUCUACACCUGCGUCCUCAGGAACUCGACGUACUGCAUGAAGGUGUCCAUGUCCAUGACGGUGGUGGACAGCGAUGAGGGACGGUGCUUCAGCAGCCAGAUCCGCCACCUGGAGAAGGCGGAGAUCACGCGCAGCAAGAUGAUCACCUGCCCGGACAUCAAGGACUACAUGGCGCCCUUCAAGCAGCCCACCAUGACCUGGUACAAGGAGUGUGAGCGGGUGGAGUGGCGCAGCGCCAUGGUGGUCAACACCACCCACGUCUGGAUCCCGGAGGUGGAGGAGAACGAUGGGGGCAACUACACCUGUGAGCUCCAGUACGGCUCCAGGCUAGUGCGCAGGACCACCCAGCUGAAGGUCACAGGCUGCUGAAGGAGUACCUGGGGGAGAAGGAGGUACAGCUGUCCCUGACCUUCGACGCGGUGGAGGAGGCGGACCUGGGGAACUACUCCUGCCACGUGGAGAACCACAUCGGCAAGCGCAGCGGCAGCGCCAUACUGCAGAAGAAAGACAUGUACCGCCUGGAGCUGGCCGGCGGUCUGGGGGUGAUCCUGCUGCUUCUGGGGGUGCUGACGGCCAUCUACAAGUGCUAUAACCUGGAGAUCCUGCUCUGCUACCGCCGACACUUUGGCAGCGACGAGACCGAAGACGAUAAUAAGGAGUAUGAUGCCUAUCUGACCUACACUAAAGUGAACAUGGACUCUAUGGGCAGAGCGAGCAGCGAUGAGGAGACCCUGGCUUCAGAGAUCCUUCCGGACGUCCUGGAGAAACACUACGGGUACAAGCUGUUCAUACCGGACCGGGACCUCAUCCCCAGCAGCAUCUACAUCGAGGACCUGGCCCGCAGCGUGGAGCAGAGCCGGCGCCUCAUCGUCAUCCUGACCCCCGAGUUUGUCUCCAAGCGGGGCUGGAGCAUCUUCCAGAUCGAGCCGCGCCUGCACGCCAUGCUGGUCACCGGGGAGAUCAAGGUGAUCAUGAUAGAGUGUGCUGACCUCAAGGGUGUAAUCAACUACCAAGAGGUUGAAGCACUUAAACACACCAUCAAGGUUCUGUCCAUCAUCAAGUGGCGAGGGCCUAAGAGCAACGAGCUCCACUCCAAGUUCUGGAAACAGGUGGUCUACGAGAUGCCUGCCAAGCGCAGGGAAACGCUGUCCAGACGGCAGGUGAUGGAUUCAGGUGAGCAAGGCCUGUUUGGGGACCUACAGACCAGUGUCUCCACCAUUGCCAUGACAACCACCUCAUCAUCUCUGGCACCACCUAACGACAGUCGCCAUGGACACCAUCAAGUUGCCCUGACGACGGAGAUCCCCGACUACAACCAGAUGACCCUGCCACUGGGCGGGGGGCACAGCGCCACGGCGGCCCAGAUGAGGCACUUCUGCCGCAGCUACGAGUUCCAGCUGCCCCCCCCUCUCCCGUCCUCCAUGUCCCCCCCGCUGCCCCCGCCCUCCACCGUGCAGUUCUCCACCCUGGGCCCUGGGGGGCGCCACGUCUACUGCAACAUCCCCAUGACGCUGCUGAACGGACAGGGCCAGAGCAGUACCCUGGGGAAGAAGCCAGACCUCCACAUGAACAGCACCUUCGUGCCGCUCACCAGCCGAGAGCUGAGCUCCGACAUCUGGUAGAUGGAGGAGGAGCGGCCGGCUGCCUGGCCCUGUGGCUGCCUGGCCGCCUGGCUGCCUGGCGCUGGUGUACAGUCAGCCCGGUUCUACAGGCUGCUUUGUGUUGGUGCCGCAUCCCGGACUGCACCAUUCGCUUGUUUGUAUCUUAUCAGUACCGCCCGUUUGGAAACAUGAAAAAAGGGGACAAUUUUGAAUGGGCUUAAGCUGCACUGGUUUUGACUGACUAGUGCCUGCGGACAGGCUGCUGCGGGUCCAGACAGCCACUCGUCGGCUGCUUAAGAACAACCUGAGUCUGUCGAUGUUUGUUUUUUUAACAGCUCUACUAAGGUACUCAGGCUGCAGACUGUUGCCGGCCUGUUUACUGACUGAUGUGGUGUUCCACUACUCUCUAGGUGUGUGUUUCACCGGGGAACCAUUUUGUGUGAGCAUUAUCUUCCAGCCUCAUAGCGGUUCUCACCGAUUGGUCGGAUCCAACGGCAACAGCUCCUGGAUGGACAGGGCGUCUCGGUCUGAGACCUGCUUCCCACAAGGGGUUUAAAAAGGGGAUAGUUGCGUUGACCGCUGUUGACUCCAUACCGGUUUGAACUCUGUUGGAGCUUCACUCAGCUCAGGCGAUGGUUGAGGUGGGUCGGUCCACAGCCGGGUAGCCCUGCCACAGGCUCAAGGGUUCGGUCAGCCGCUCCCAAGGGAACAGACCUCGAGAAAAUGAGAGGAGCACAGAAUGAAAUCCACGAUAACAUUGUGCUCCCGUUCACCGGGAUACUUCAGCAACCAGAGGGAAUGCCGCUGGUCACGGAUUGCUGAAUCACGGAAUACCAGCUGUUCUGCCUUCACUGGGAAUUUUGAUGCAUUGCUAAUACCAGUGAGUCCCGUCGGAGGAAGUAGAACUCCAGUUCAUGUCGACGUGGAAGCCUGCUUUAAAUAAAUGGUAAUCAUAAUAAUAAUAAUAAUAAUAAUAAUAUAGCGUCAUCAUGGAAUGCCAGUCACCCAUCAAACUAAAGGAUUUCCGAGGGAUAUUGUGUCUGUAUCGUGACUGAAUUGGCGGGGGUUCGCUCAGCGCCAUGGUCUGUGUAUUCUCUGGAUAACGUAUGUUCAGCUCAGCCACAGCUAGUCGCUACCUCUCGAUGUACAGCCCAGCAACUAGCAAGGUGGUAGUAUGGCCCAUAUUGUGGACUGAAAUGAUUUGGAUCCAAUGCAAAGCAAUGCACACAUGGACUCUUGCAGCAGUUCCUAAGUUACUGAGGGUGUGGUUCCUAUUACUUCAUGACCAUGACUUCUGGACAAAGUGAAAAUAGUUCACAGAGGGCCAUUUCACACGGAUGGACAAGGCGUUUUCAACCAAGCCUGGAACUGGACAUAGAAUGCAAUGAAAUCAGACAUGGGUUCAAGUCCCUGCCAAAUAAAUCAGUCAAAAGUCAGCAAAACAAGCCCAGGGCGUGAACUGUCCACCUUACAGCCGGACAAAGAGACAUUCACAAUGUUUUUCUAUUUGCAUGAACACUAAUUUAGAUGAAAAGGAGAAAAAAAAAACACGGAUUAACCAAUAAAAUGAAACAACCAUUGGUUGCAGACUUAUUACGAAGCUGAGCGGUUUAAAGACAUAUUUACAAUAUAUGUAUCUAUAUAUAUAUAUAUCUCUAUAUAUAUAGAUGUAUAUAGAUAUAUCUAUAUAUAUAUGUUCUCUCUUUGGCCAUAAACAAACAGUACUACUCAAAAAAGGGAACGGGAGACUUCUCUCCGAACAGAGUUUUGUUAUUUUGUUGUUUUUGAUUUAUUGAUUGAAUCUGAAGAACCUCACUUUUUAGAUGUCUGAGGUAAUAUUGAACUCAACUUUUUUUUCGUUGCAGUGUUAGAGUUAUAUCUGUACAGUUUCCAUAGAGUCUGCCUACUACGAAUACGUAAGAAUGAUUAACUCCUUGACAAUUAUGUAACGACAUCAGCGUUUGCGUGUGCUCAUGAAUGACAAAACGAGAGCGAGAGAGAUCAAUCGUCCACAGCAUUCUGCUUCCUUUUUAGUUUCUCCUAUUGUCCCUGGCCAGGUGGAUCGAUGGCUUGUGCUGACUUUAGCCCAGCAUAUGAACGUGGACCAGGACUCCACCCCUGAUAAACACUCAUCUCUAAUCAGUCAGGUCAAGUUUUACGUUGCAUAAAAAAAGUAAGACCCAUUCUUCUUUGUGAGCUUUAAGGAACAAAACAUUGUUACAGACAUUGUUAGCGUGAUAUUUAAGUGGAAUAAUUGCUUUCAUGGUUUUACACCAGGAUAUUGUCUGUUAUUUUUUUUUUCAAACCAAUGAAUGAAUAGUUGACGUUGUUUGAUACAAUAAUACAUUUGUUUAAGUUGUUAUAUUCGGUGGCAAUAUAAAGUGAGUGUGUUCUGUUUUUGCUCAUUAUGUUGAAAACUUUUGGAUACUUUUGGUUGAAAUCAUUUAAUUAAGAGCAAAUAAAAUCCAUAUUGGUUGUUUUCUACUUAUCGUGUGCUUAUUAUCCUGUGCAAGGAAUAUCUAUUGCUUCUCCCUCUUCGACGCCUUCCCCUCCAACCUCCAUCUCCCACUCCUCUCUCUCUGCCUCCCUUUUCUCAGGCUUGAAGAACAUCUAUGGUCCUCUGACCAAAGGGUUGUCAAUCAAGGAUGGCA